GUGUUGAUGCAGCAGCGCAACCACUCACUGGUCGCCCCCGCAGCUGUGACUUGCUCACGGCCGUCCGCAACAGGCCUUUGCUUGUGAUAUCCAAGUUUUUCCAUAUCACUGCCAUGGCGGUUCGGAUGCUUGCCGUCAUCUUCCUGCUUCGUGCGCCGGAAAUGCGCGCCAUGCGGGCGACAGAAGACGACUUGGAUGCCCAUCUGGUGGACGAUGGAAUCCAAACUGUACCUUGGGCCACACUCGAUAAGAAGGAGAAGGACGACUUGCUACAGGCUGGCUUCAAGAACAACGCCUGCUACUGCAAGAAGGUGAAGUCGGAUGCAGAAUGCCCGAGUGAUGAGGAAGGUGACCCACGAUGGUAUCACGAAGUGAAAGGCGAAGAGAAAAAUCUGUGCUGCAAAAUUGCGAACACCGGCUUCUUCACUUACGUCGGAUUUUCCUACACGAAGAUGGAUCGUAAUUUUUCCCUCUGUGAAUCAGAGAUCCGCCCAGUGCCUGCUACAUCAUGCUGCUGGUUGGAGGGACUUCUUGUCAACCCAGUGGGCUUUCGAGUCAGCAGAGUCACUGCAGAGCUUGAGGUGGACUUGCACGCCUAUUCACAGAAGAGCCCAGUCGUCCACAAGAGCGGCUUUAAAUUCAGGAUUGAGGACAUCACCGGUGGCAAAGACUACAACAGACCGGUCGAUGUUUCUGAUGUGCGCCAGUUCGUGGAGCACGCUCACGAAGCCGGUCGCUUUGACGAGCUGCAAUGCCGCAAUACACUCUUCGUGGAGGAGCGGGAGGGAGAAUGUGGUGAAACCCAAGCCUUAAGCAAAGAAUCCUGCCUACACUCUGCCUCAUAG